AUGGUCACGUUGGAUGUCGUCCGCAGCUUGGAAGUGUCCUUGGUCCAGCGUCAGCCUUUGGUGGCCGUUUUCUUUGGUGGAACCGGUGGUAUAGGGCAAUUUACACUUCACGCAUUAGCCGCUGCUGAGGCAAACGGAGGCAAAGGGCUCCGGGCAUACAUUGUCGGGAGAAACACAAAAGCAGCGGAAGCCAUUCUCGCCGACUGUCGCGGCAUCUACCCGCAGGGUCAGUUCAAGUUCAUCAAGGCUGAAGACCUUUCUUUGAUCCGGGAUGUCGACCGGCUUUGCGCAGAGAUCAUUCAGCUGGAGGAAAAGGAAAGUCAGGAGCCGAGGAUCGACUAUCUCAUGGUGUCUCAAGGUGGGAUGAUCUAUCUUCCACGGAAAGAUACGAAAGAGGGAAUUGACGUGACGAUGUCGCUCAUGUACUACUCCCGCAUGAGGAUAAUCACCAAGCUGCUCCCAUUGCUUCUCAAUUCUCGUCUUCCCGCAACGGUCGUCUCGGUCUAUGCAGCAGGGAUUGAAGGGAAAUUAUAUCCGGAAGACCUGUCACUUCGCGAUCUGAAGCGAUACGCUUACAACCAAGCCAGAUCGCACAUGUGCUACAUGCACGUCCUGUUCAUGGAGACCUUGGCCCAACAGCACCCGGGCAAGCUCGCCCUGAUCCACAUCUUCCCGGGCGUGGUCGUGGGACCGGGCUACCACAGCCCAGAGCUACCAAAAUGGUUCAGGAUACUGUUUCACUGGUUUCUCUUGCCCCUCUUCGGGCGGCUCCUGACCGUGCCGCCGGCCGAGUGUGGAGAGAGGAUGCUGUCCCUCGCGUCAGAUCGCUAUCCGCCGCGACCGGCCGACAGUUCCCAACGUGGUCGUGGUCGGGACCGGGGGGCCGUCGUUGGGACUGAAGGGACGCCGGGCAGCGGAGUCUACUCUCUCACUUGGAACGGCGAGAACAACCUCAACGCAAAAGCGUACGAGAAGAUAAACAAGGAGGAAAUGAGGAAGAAAGUGUGGGAUCAUACCGUGAGAUGUUUUGGGGUCGUUGAAGCAGGGAACGUCUUUACUGAGUGA